GUCGUAACGGCUGGUGGAUUCGAAGAGUGGUGGUUACCAGUUGUAAGGUCGAUUCAAGCAAAGCCGGCCGUGAAGUGACUGUGUUAAUUUGCGACGAUGAAGUUACUGUGGUGCUGCUCUGUUGCAGCAUUAUUGACGACAGUCUCAGCGGCGGCUACUGUAGAUGUGGAGAAGACAGUGAAACAAGUGGAGAAUAUUUUACAAGCAAACACAGAUUUACCACGACUAUCAAGAUCAGAAAUUUUACAGUUACUAAACGAUAUAAGAGCAGAGGAUGCGAAAAGUAAGUCUUCUUCGACCGAAUCUCAAGAAAAAAUAUCAACAACUAGUAGGUCUUAUAGUGCUGAAGAAAAUGAAAUUCAACCCAUUACUAAAGUACCACAUAUAAUCGAUAACGUAACGACAGAAAAAGAUCCCGUGGUAGCUACAUCAGCACCGGUUGUAUCAUUCGAAUCCACAACAAAAAAAGGUGAACCGUCAGUAAUGGUAGUAUUACCCUACACACCACGAGAUGGUUCAUCUUUACAAGAACUAUAUACAAGGCCACCAAGAAUAGAGGUACUGCCAGAGUCGAAAGUUACUCCAAAACCAAAUAAAAAGGUGAAUUCUAGUAAAAAGUUGCUACAGACUUUAGAAAAUAAUGCUAAACUUGCAAGCAAACAAAAACUGGAUAUAUCGGCCGAGUUACAAGCUUUUCUUGAUGCACAUGGCUUAAAAGGAAAACCAGGUCAAGACAAUUUUCUUUUGCCUUUAGAGGGUUUUAAACCUUUACCUCCAGCGAAAGUGGUCGACGGCAGUGUUCAGUUACCAGAAAAUAUCCUUUUGUCUUAUGAUUUGGUGCCAGCGAAUUCCGAUAUAAGCCCUGUUGUCGAUGAUGGCUACCCUUUAUCUCCUAACAACUAUCCAUUUGAGCCACUUCGCCCUGAAUUACCUUUUGAAUUAGAUACAGCUUCUUCCGAAAUAAAGAAAACAGCCCUUCCUUAUGAUUUGCCUAAACAUAAAAAUUAUGAUCCUAUCGACUAUGAUUCUAUAAAAGUGAUACCGCUGCAACAAGGAAUUAGUCCGGUUGACGCCGACAAGAGUAGCCGGGUAAAUGACGCGAACAAAAGACAGGCUAAUGAGACCACUGAUACUUCUACUACAACUGAAACGUCAACAACGACAACGGAAACAACUACAUUAGCAGAGAAUAAUUUGCAAAACUUAGUGGAUGAAUCGAAAAAUACAGCAGAUUCUGCUGCGGCAGAUAGUGAUACAGAUUCGGGAGCAUCAAUAGCUGACUUAGAAGAUUCCUUCGGAGGUGCUGCACCAGAGAAACCGGGAGAUGCAAUACUACCUCCACCUAGAAGAAACGGCUUUUACUGGAUGUUGGAUUGGAAUAGUUUUCUCGAAGUAGGCGAUGGUGACCAAAAAGUCAACAUAAGAUUGGAACCAAAACUAGGCGACCCACAAAUGUUUUUACCAGUAAAUGUUCCAUGAUUAUGUGUUGAUAAAAUGUAAAAGUUUAUCUAGUCUUGAUUAAGGAUUCUAUUGCAGUUUCUGAGAAACUAGUGAGUCGGAAUGGGAAUGUUAUGGUAUGGGAGUAUUGUGUAAUUAACUAAAAUAUGAACUGUAUAUACAUUAGCUAAUGUAUUGUAUAAUUUAUUUUAACCAUGUUUCAACAUUAUAUGGCCUUAACAUUAUUCUUUAGCAUAUAUGAUUUAUUUUUCUAUUUUCAUUAAAAUUUUUACUGCGUAAGUAUAUAAUAUUAGCAAAAGAAAUCACAUAAUGUAAUUUUAUUUGUUUAUUAAUACAUCUUAAAGUUUUACUGAAUGUGUUUGGUCACGGUGAAAUGAUCAAAAGGAAUGUGAAAACAGGUCGAAGUUGUUCAAGCGAACGAUUGAAAGUGAAUGAAACCCGUCUAGUAUUAUGAUAUAGUUCCAACAAAGACAUAGUGAUUACUAAGCCAUCAUUUCUAUGUUUGUAAUAAAACGUUGGAAAUAUAGGAUACAAAUAUAAAAUGUUAUUUUAUUUCAAGUGAAACUUAAUACAAUUUACUAGAAGUGACAGUUAAAGAGCAAUUGCAUGUGAACUUUACGAGUAUAUUAAAACAUAUAUAAUAUUCUCUCUAGGGUAAUAGUGAAGCAAACGAAUUCAGAGAUAAUAUUUUAAUAGACUGACAUCAUCGAAUCACAACAUAACGUUCUAGACAUCAUAGACAUAUAAAAUUAAAAUGAAACUCUAGAAAAAUAUUUAAAUCAAAAAAUAUUAUCUACACCUAAAUAAAAUUACUAUAACAGUUAUGCAAAUAUAUACCAAGAAACCAGUAAAUAGUUGCAGAUUUGUAACUUAUUUAACUUGUUGACAGUUGAAACAAGACUGAAUAAACGGGAUUGUUAGUAAACUUUAACUUGGGUUCAGAGGAUACAAUGUUCGAAUAUUUGUUUGUUUUAUACAAUUUACGCUGAUGUAAAUCAAACAGAAGUGGCUUAAAGGUGUUAUUUUUAACCUCCGAAGCAAAAAGAGGUUUGUUAUAAGUUUAACAAGUCUGUCUGUGUAUCUGUGUAACUGUUUGUGGCAUUGUAGCUCCCUAAUGGAUGAACCGAUUUUCGUUUAGUUUUCUUGUGUCAUAGAUAAUUUUAUCCCCAGUGUUCUUAGCUAUGUUUUAUAAAAAUCGGUUCAGCCGUUCAAAACUUGUAGCGAAAUGAAUAUUGAAAAUCGGGGGUUUUUUUUUAUUUGUCUAACAAACAACUCUCAGAUGAGAUAGAAAUAAACACAUCUUUAUUUCUAUCUCAUCUGAACGUUUUCCCGAUUACUUCUCAGCCUGCUACUUCUCACGGCACUUUAAGUCUCCAAUUCGCACGGCCAUCGGCAUCCCUAAUUGGCACGCAUGUCAAAUUUAGAACGACAUCAAACCAACAUUUCUUGGGUUUGCCAGAGCCAGGCGGGAGCGACAGGCAGGCAUUAGUUAAUUAAGUAAUUUAUGAAAUAAGUAGGUACUUAAGGAUAAAAAGAAAA